AUGGCAAGUUCCCAACCAUCUAAAAAAGGAAUAAAGAACACCGGCGGAGGUGGUGGUGGGUCCUCCGGAUCCGGCCAAAAUUUAAAAUUUGCCCGGCGAACUUCAAGUGGGCGAUAUGUCACGUCAUCCAAAGAUGAAAUUGAUUCAUCCGGCGACUCAUCGAAUUACACAGUUCAUAUUCCGGCAUCCUCCGACGACGAUGAGACAUCAGUGGCUACAAAAGCUGAACAACAAUAUGUUUCUAAUUCGUUAUUCACCGGAGGUUUCAACAGCGUUACACGUGCCCAUCUCUUGGAUAAAGUAAUUGAAUCAGAGGCGACUCAUCCACAAAUGGCGAGUUCCAAAGGUUCGUCGUGUUCCAUGCCAGCUUGUGAUGGCAAGGUCAUGAAAGAUGAUAGAGGCGUAGAUAUUAUUCCAUGUGAAUGCAGAUUUAGGAUUUGUAAAGAUUGUUUUUUAGAUGCACAGAAAGAUAAUGGGUUAUGUCCGGGAUGCAAAGAGCCGUACAGGGCGGAGGAUGAUGAUGAGCCACCAUACGGUGGAGCAUUGACACUUCCGGGGAGUAUGUCGGUGAUAAAGAGAAACAACAAUGUUGAUCAUAACAAAGGGUUGUUUAAUGAGACUUCUGGUACAUAUGGUGUUGGAAAUGCAUAUUGGCCACCGGAGGAAGGUGGUGGGAUGGGCGGUGGUAUCGGAGAUCCGGCAGACAAACCGUGGCGGCCGCUCACCCGGAGAAUUCCUAUUCCAACUAGUAUCAUUAGUCCUUAUAGAGCAUUGAUUGUAGUUCGUUUUGUAGUUUUAUGUUUAUUUUUAACAUGGAGAGUUCGUCACCCGAAUCCCGAUGCAAUGUGGUUAUGGUUAAUGUCGAUUAUAUGUGAGCUUUGGUUCGGGUUCUCGUGGAUUUUGGAUCAAAUCCCAAAGCUUUGCCCGGUCAACCGUUCGGUUGACAUUCCCCUUCUUCGCGAUAAAUUCGAGUUACCGGACAAAGUCAAGAACCCUAACGGUCGGUCCGACCUCCCCGGUAUUGAUUUCUUUGUUUCCACCGCGGAUCCUGAGAAAGAGCCGCCACUCACGAGCGCCAACACCAUCUUAUCGAUCUUGGCCAUUGAAUAUCCGGUGGAGAAGGUUGCUUGUUACAUAUCCGAUGAUGGUGGUUCACUUCUAACCUUCGAGGCCAUGGCGGAAGCUUGCAGUUUCGCAGAUUUGUGGGUCCCGUUUUGUCGAAAACAUGACAUUGAGCCGCGAAAUCCGGACACGUAUUUCUCGUUAAAAGGUGAUCCAACAAAAAAUAAGAAGCGAAACGAUUUCGUUAAGGAUCGGAGGAGGGUGAAGCGAGAGUAUGACGAGUUUAAAGUGAGAAUUAAUAACUUGCCAGAUUCGAUACGGAGACGAUCUGAUGCGUUUAACGCGAGGGAGGAGAUGAAGAUCUUAAAGAGUGUUCGGGAUAGUGGUGUAAACCCAACGGAGCCAAUAAAGAUCAAACGAGCCACAUGGAUGGCUGAUGGCACUCAUUGGCCCGGUACUUGGGCCAACCCUAGUAAGGAUCAUGCGAAAGGUGAUCACCCCGGUAUCCUGCAAGUAAUGUUGAAGCCUCCGUCCCCUGACCCGAUACUCGGGUCAGGGGACGAGAGCCUUGUCGACUACUCAAAUGUCGAUAUAAGAUUACCAAUGUUUGUAUACAUGUCGAGAGAGAAACGGUCUGGCUAUGACCAUAACAAGAAAGCCGGAGCAAUGAACGCGCUUGUACGUUCAUCCGCAGUCCUUUCGAACGGGCCAUUUAUUUUGAACUUAGAUUGUGAUCAUUAUGUGAACAACUGCAUGGCGGUUCGUGAAGGGAUUUGCUUUAUGAUGGACCGUGGUGGCGAAGACAUUUGCUACAUUCAGUUCCCGCAACGGUUCGAAGGAAUUGACCCUUCAGACCGUUAUGCGAAUCAUAACACCGUGUUUUUUGAUGGAAACAUGCGAGCACUUGACGGGGUGCAAGGUCCAUUUUAUGUGGGUACGGGAUGCAUGUUUAGACGAUUUGCUUUGUACGGGUUUGACCCGCCAAAGGUCAACAUUCUACCUACAAAGAAGGGGACAGGUGGCAAUGAAUCGCCAUCAGAGAGACAAGCAUUGAAGGCAUCCGAUUUUGACCCGGAUCUUGAUGUUAAUGAAUUACCACGACGAUUCGGGAACUCGACACUUUUAGCAGCGUCGAUUCCCAUAGCUGAGUUUCAAGGGCGGCCGAUCGCUGACCAUCCAGCAGUCGAGUACGGCCGCCCUCCCGGCGUCCUUCGGGACGACCGUGAACCACUUGACGCCACUAUUGUUGCUGAAUCUGUAUCCGUUAUCUCUUGUUGGUACGAGGAUAAAACGGAGUGGGGUGAUCGAGUGGGCUGGAUUUAUGGAUCGGUGACUGAGGAUGUGGUGACGGGGUAUCGAAUGCACAACCGUGGGUGGAGGUCGAUCUAUUGGCUCACGAAACGAGAUGCUUUCCGGGGAUCUGCUCCGAUCAACCUCACCGACAGACUCCACCAAGUGCUCCGAUGGGCGACGGGGUCCGUCGAGAUUUUCUUCUCAAGAAACAACGCUUUUCUGGCAUCCAAACGUCUCAAAUUUCUACAACGUUUAGCGUAUCUUAAUGUUGGGAUUUACCCCUUUACAUCCAUUUUCCUCCUCGUUUACUGCUUUCUUCCGGCGCUCUCGCUAUUAUCCGGUAACUUCAUCGUGAAAAAUCUCAACGCCACUUUCUUAAUCUACCUGUUACUAAUCACCCUAUGUUUGAUCGGACUCGCGGUGUUGGAAGUGAGGUGGUCCGGUGUGUCUCUAGAAGAUUGGUGGCGGAAUGAGCAGUUUUGGUUGAUUUCCGGUACGAGCUCGCACUUGGCGGCGGUGGUUCAAGGGUUGUUGAAGGUGAUUGCAGGGAUUGAAAUCUCGUUCACUUUGACUGCAAAAGCAGUAGAAGAUGCCGAUGACAUAUACGCAGAGUUGUAUCUAGUGAAAUGGACGUCAUUGAUGAUUCCUCCAAUUGUUAUCGCCAUGAUUAACGUUCUCGCCAUUGUUGUUGCCUUCUCGAGGACGAUCUACAGUUUAAACCCGCAAUGGGGGAAGUUCAUCGGAGGUGCGUUUUUUAGUUUCUGGGUUUUGGCUCAUUUGUACCCGUUUUUCAAAGGGUUGAUGGGGAGGAGAGGAAAGACGCCGACGAUUGUGUUUGUGUGGUCUGGGCUCAUCGCUAUCACACUGUCGUUGUUGUGGGUUGCUAUCAAUCCUAGCGCCGGCCCGGCGGAUGCAAGUGCCGGAGGAUCUGGUUUUAAAUUCCCUUGA